AAGAGAGAGAGAGAGAGAGAGAGAGAGAGAGAGAGAACAAGAGAAAGAAAGAGAGAGAGUGCACAGUAUGAGAGCACCGUCUGCAGAAGCCGUAUUGCUGGUGGCUCUCCAAGACAGCCUCUUCAGUGGCACCUACACGGAGCCACCUCUGUCUCCUGGAGCUGCACAGCCCCAGGAAGACUGAGCAUUUUGUUGAACUCGGCCACCCACCCCUAGGAGCUAGCCUGAGUCCCUCAUCCAAAAGUGCCUUCCAAACCCUCCAGUUUCUGCAUCCGUGCAUCCAUGAGCUGAGGAGAAUGAGCUUCAUUCUGCACCUGCCACUCUGCUUCCAAGGGACCCACCUCAGCUAUCCCCCGUCUCCAAGCCGGCUGCUUCCCUGCAUCCCUUGAGUGCCCUGUCUUCUUCUAUGAACACAGUUGCAGAGGAGAGACGGGGCCUCGUGGAAACCAGUUCCUGGAGGUCCAAGAGAAACCAGAAUCCUCUGAAGCCAUGGCCCCCUUCCAUCCUGCUCUCCAGUCCUGGAUACAUCUUUGUCUCCGAUGUCUCCUGCUGAUGCCAGCAGUGGUGUCCCAGCAAGGCUCACACACCCAGGCUGAGGACCGCCUGUUCAAACACCUGUUUGGGGGCUACAAUCGCUGGGCACGGCCAGUGCCCAAUACCUCUGAUGUGGUCAUUGUGCGCUUUGGACUGUCCAUUGCCCAGCUCAUCGAUGUGGAUGAGAAGAAUCAAAUGAUGACAACCAAUGUCUGGCUAAAGCAGGAAUGGAAUGACUACAAGCUGCGCUGGGACCCAGACGAGUUUGGCAACAUCACUUCCCUCCGGGUCCCCUCAGAGAUGAUCUGGAUCCCAGACAUUGUCCUCUACAACAACGCAGAUGGGGAGUUUGCGGUGACCCACAUGACCAAGGCCCACCUCUUCUUCACGGGGACUGUGCACUGGACGCCCCCGGCCAUCUACAAGAGCUCCUGCAGCAUCGACGUGACCUUCUUCCCCUUUGACCAGCAGAACUGCAAGAUGAAGUUUGGCUCGUGGACGUACGACAAGGCCAAGAUCGACCUGGAGCAGAUGGAGCAGACGGUGGACCUGAAGGACUACUGGGAGAGCGGCGAGUGGGCCAUCAUCAACGCCACCGGGACCUACAACAGCAAGAAAUACGACUGCUGUGCCGAGAUCUACCCGGACGUCACCUACUACUUCGUCAUCCGCCGGCUGCCGCUCUUCUACACCAUCAACCUCAUCAUCCCGUGCCUGCUCAUCUCCUGCCUCACGGUGCUCGUGUUCUACCUGCCCUCCGAGUGUGGCGAGAAGAUCACGCUGUGCAUCUCGGUGCUGCUCUCGCUCACCGUCUUCCUGCUGCUCAUCACCGAGAUCAUCCCGUCCACCUCCCUGGUCAUCCCGCUCAUCGGCGAGUACCUGCUCUUCACCAUGAUCUUUGUCACCCUCUCCAUUGUCAUCACGGUCUUCGUGCUCAACGUCCACCACCGUUCCCCCAGCACCCACAACAUGCCUGGCUGGGUGAGGGUGGCCCUGCUGGGCCGGAUACCCCGGUGGCUGAUGAUGAACCGACCCCUGCCGCCUAUGACGCUCCACGGCUCCCCGGGUCUCAAGCUCGGCCCCACGUACCGCUGGCUGGAGACCAACAUGGAUGCUGAGGAAAUGGAGGAGACAGAGGAAGAGGAGGAGGAGGAGGAGGAGGAGGAAAACAUAUGUAUGUGUACAGGCCUCCCAGACUCUUCCAUGGGAGUCCUCUAUGGCCAUGGCAGCCUGCAUCUGAAGGCUCUGGGGCCCAAGGCCAAGGCUCCAUCCCAGGAUAGUGAGAUCCUGCUGUCUCCUCAGAUACAAAAAGCACUAGAGGGUGUACACUACAUCGCUGACCACCUGAGGUCUGAAGACGCCGACUCUUCGGUGAAGGAAGACUGGAAGUAUGUGGCCAUGGUGGUAGACCGGAUAUUCCUCUGGCUGUUCAUUAUCGUCUGUUUCCUGGGGACGAUCGGACUCUUCCUUCCUCCCUUCCUAGCUGGGAUGAUCUGACCUCACGUCCCUCGUGUUGGCUCUAAGGUGGCCUUGGCAACUAACUUCUGGUCUUGUCUAACUGGAACCGUCUCUAGAAUGUUCUUUCGGCGUCAAUACCAUCUGCUUGCCGUGCUUCUAUGAGGCCCCCAGACUAGCCUGGACCUCACCUCCUCCUUGGAAGAGCUCGUGGUACCAUUGUUGUGACAGCGCUGAGGCCACUCAACGUGACACCUCUUUAGGGAUGCUGAGGAGCUAGGAAAGGUGAAGCCAUUUGCUCUGCAGAAGGGGAAUGACUUGACGGGGACAUGAGGCAGGUGUUCCUGAAAGAGCAAUAGGGACUGCAUGUGACCAAAAGGUCAAACAAAGGGAUUGGGGGGGGCAGACCAGGGCAAAGAGAAAUAGAAUACAGGCCCAAAGGUGGGCCCAUGGGACUAAGCCUGGCGCGGAAGAAUUCUGAACAACACGUUGGAUUCAGAGCAUCAGAGAGGACAGACAACUUGGGAGCGGAAGCUGGGGAGGCAGGUUGGGGUAUCUUUAAUCCAGGCGCAGGAGGAAGUUCAUACUUUCCUCCGAACCUGUCUCCAUGUGCUUUGUGAGGAAAUACCAGGGAUAAGGCCACUUCCGGAAGGAGUGGGGCACAAAGGAAGGUCUGGAUCGGUGGUUCUCAAAGACCCUUUCACAUGGGUCACAUAUCAGAUAUCCUGCAUAUCAGACAUUUACAUUACAGGUCAUGACAGUGGCAGAAUUACAGCUCUGAGGUAGCAAUAAGAUGGAGUUAUGGUUGAGGGUCACCCCAAUGUGAGGAACUGUAUUAAUGGGUGGCAGGGUUAAGGAGGGUUGAGAACCGCUCUUCGAGAUGCCCUGGUGGAUGCUUGGGGCAGAGAAAUGGCAAUAUUGAGUAUAAGCGCAUGGGCUGUCAUUCAUCUGAAGGGCACCUUUGAGUCCCCAGGUUGCCCUCAGCAUCCUGUCUCACUGUUCCGUGCUGCAGAGAGGUCUAAUAAUUGCUUACAGGCUCCAUGGCCACCUUAAAGUCACCAAGUGGACAAACUGAGAAGGCAAUAUUCACUGUUGGCAUCCCUCUUGCCACCCACAGGCCCUGGGCCCAAUUCCCUGCUCCGUCAGCAUGCCUCGCAUAGGAACUGAGAUCCUUGCUUUAAGCUCUUUCAACUGUGUACUCCUUCUGGGCAGGCUCUCUGCUUUUCUUAUUCUCUCCAGUUCAUGCGGGGUGAGAGAGUUCAGCCACUCACUGUAUCAUUCAUUCUGAGUAGUGGAAAGGAACAAGCUGGGUUGCUUUGGGCUCCAGAACUGCUAUAAUUCCCUAAAAGCUUAAGGGAGGUCUCUUCCCCAGCCUUCCCAGGGCCCCAUCAGGUGGCUAACCUGCUCUGAACUGUUCUAUGCAACUUGUUCUUGAAUGUGUAAUAUUCUAAGACCCUUCACAACACAAAAGUCAGGGGAUCGGCCUCUUAGGACAUUGCCCAGUCUCUGAGGAGCCAGACCCCAGAAGCUAACAGCAAUCAGAUUCAGGAUGGCUUAGCAAUAUAGAGUCCAAGAUAGGAAGCAGAGUAGGGUGAACUUCUGGUUUCUCGGUUGUAGGGUGCUUUUCUUUUGAACCCCACACACUGCACCUUCACAGACCGAAGGGGAGCUUGCUUAUGAGAGGCCUUACCCAGACACCCUCCUUCCAGUUCUCAUGAGACUGGACUCAGUCACCAAUUCAGAUCUUGGCUUCCACUUGCUCCAGGGAAUGCAGCCUGCACCCCCCCCCCACCAGUGUUCCAAGCCCUGAGAUGCGAUUUCCUGCUGCCUGCUGCAUUAUUUACAUCUCCCAUCCUCCUGGCACGUGAGCAGAACCGUGGAACAAAGCUGAGACGGCUGCUGUCGAGGGUGCCAUGAUUUUAGGUCAGCCACCUCAGCUGUCCCUGGUAUCAUCUAGUCUCCUCCAGAGCUUAGGAGGUUCGGGGAGAGUCAGGAGACGAAGUGUUCCACAGAGGGAACUGCACAGCAUCUCCCUGGAAAGCUGCCUUUUAGAUGAGGUGUUGCUACCGCCCACCUGGGGCAAAGGGCAGGAGAGUACCACACAGCUCCUGCUCUGUACUGGACAGGGGUAGAGCCGAUUCUCCCAGGGCAGCAGCUCCAGGUCAACUUUCUCUGCACUCCCCCCCCCGCCAAAGAGCAGAUCAAAUAAACAAUACAGUCAAGCUAGCCACAAAGUAAAUGGUAAUGAUUUUAAUUCAACCACAGAUCAAAAAGAAGGGAGGCAAAAGGAAGUUCUCCACAAACAUAUGAGAAAGGAGCAGAUGUGAAAAGGGAGAAGAGCAAAAAAAAAAAAAAAAGAAAGAAAAAGAAAAAAAAAAGAAGAA